GUCUUGAGACACUGGACGAGAUGGCAGCGGCGACAAAGACAUCAACGACGAGCUUGGCAGCGCUGGGAGAUGCUGCUGUGGCUGCCGUGCGUGCGGUGGUGGCUGCCUCGCGGGUCUGCGAGACGGUUCGCACUGGCGAGCUGAUGCAGUCCAUGUCCAAGGAUGACAAGAGUCCCGUGACGGUCGCUGAUUUUGCCGCUCAGGCCAUCGUGAUCCAUGAGCUGCAUGCUUUUGACGCCAGCAUUCCUGUCGUUGGUGAAGAGGAUGCGGAUGCCUUGCGUGGCGAUGCGGAAGAAGCCACUCAGUUGCGUCAAAAGGUCAUGUCAGCGGUCCAUUCGCUGCGUACAGACCUCGAUGAGGCUGCUGUGCUCGGUGCCAUCGACCGUGGCAACUACGAAGGAGGUGCCUCGGGCCGUUUCUGGGCUCUUGACCCCAUCGACGGCACCAAAGGCUUUUUGCGCAACGACCAGUAUGCUGUGGCACUGGGCUUGGUCGAAGACGGCCAAGUGGUGCUGGGGGUCCUAGGUUGCCCCAAUCUGCGCGAGGAUCUGGACAAUCCCGAGUCCGUCCGUGGUUGCGGAUACGUUGCCAAGCGCGGCGAAGGCUGCUUCAAGUUUAACCUCGACAACUGCGAGUCCCUGACCAAAGCUACCGUGACUUCGCCUCCUGCCGAGGAGGUUCGCCUGGUUGAAUCCGUCGAGACAAAGCACACCUCUCACGACACGAGCGCGCAGAUCAAGGCCGCCGCCAACAUCAAGGGCGACUCUGUUCGCAUGGAUAGCCAGGCCAAGUAUGCUGUCGUGGGUCGCGGGGAUGCACACCUGUACCUGCGCUUGCCCCGGGCAGGCUCAACGCACGAGGAGAAAAUCUGGGACCAUGCUGGUGGCAUGCUGAUUGUCGAGGAAGCCGGUGGCCGCGUCACGGACAUCCAUGGCAAGCCCCUCGAUUUUGGCCAAGGCCAGACGCUCAAGAACAACACAGGUGUCGUCGCAAGCAACGGCGUGGUCCACGAUGCGGUCAUCGCAGCACUCGCCGAAAUUUACAAGAACUAG